AUGCAUAGUACGGUGUCGUUUAUCCGGUAUAUUCGACGAUGCCCGAAUCUCUUGCACUUGUAUUUGGAUUCUGGCGGCUCGAUACAUCAAGGGCAUUGUAUCAUGCAAGCACUCAAACACUGUCCUCAACUCAAAACUGCGGUCGUGAACGAGAAAGCAGAGAUGCCUCCGACGGUCAAAGACGGGGUCGAUGGCAAAUCUUUGUCGGACACCACGUUUUCAUUAGAAGCAAGAAUCAAACGAUCACCAAAGGAGCUCCGUAGACUGGUACUGGCAGGAUUACCCUAUGAUUGGGCGUUCUUUAGAUUAGCUGGAACGUUACCAAGCGCCGCUUUUGCGCGAGAUACGUCUAUUGACCAGCCGAACAAUCUGAUCGAGGCUAACGAUGGCACUAGACGAACACUCCCAUCAUAUGCAACCGACAUAACUGUCGACGAUAUUGUGCUCAAGUCUAUUGCGAGCAAUUGUCGCUUGAGGAUCAAGGCACUUAAAAGACUACACGCCAGCAAGGACACAUGUAUUUAUCAAGGAUUGACAUUCCAUCAUCCUGGUGACAAACAAGCUGCGGAUCGUAUCCUGCAAGAGCGUGGCGGUUCGUUCAUUUUCGGAUUUAUAGAGUUCAAACACCUCAUCGGAAUUGAUAUAGCAACACAUAAUAAUUUCAGCUGA